GUUGAAGUGUUUUUCAUCAUAUCAAGUCAAUACCUCCGUGGUCAUUCAGUAUCUCGUAUCUCGGGAUACGGAUUUGACCAAAUCACCAUGUGGAGGUUGGCUCUUGAUUGACGUCUUGAGCUUCGAAAUCGCCUUUUCUGACCAAAGCUGCCCAAGUAUUCGAGCUUAUCCAUUGGCUGAACUGGGGGGCUUCCCGCAAUCGCCCUUCACAAUUUUUGGGCAAUCUUUUUUCGUGACUCUUAUUCUCGAUCUGCUGCUACAGUCUCAAUUCUAUUUCUUUCGGUGGAUGUGGUGAGCUGUUGCCUGUCCAGGAACUCAGUCGAAAAGUUGGUACUGUCUCCUGCAGAUUCGUCAUGGCCGCCUCCGCUCGAGUCCUUCGCCAGGCCAGCGGUAUCUUGCUGCGAGACUGCGCACCGAAACGAUGUCCAUCCCACCAAGCAUUUUCAACUCGCAUCGCUCCUCUUACCACUAGACAACACCUAUUGAGUCCUAAAACUCCCUCAUGGCAGCAGCACAGGAAGUUCACUCGGUCGACAAAACGUUAUGCUGCAGUCGAUGCCGCUCCCCGACCCGAGGCCUACCUGGAGAGCGGAGUUGUCGAGCCAGGUAAAAACCUUGUAGGGGUUUCAAAGGUCCUGGUGAUCGGGAGUGGUGGUCUGAGUAUUGGACAAGCAGGAGAGUUUGACUACUCCGGUUCCCAAGCUCUGAAGGCCCUGAAAGAAGCUGGCGUCAAAUCUGUCCUCAUCAAUCCCAACAUUGCGACCAUUCAGACCGACCAUAAACUCGCCGAUGAAGUCUACUAUUUACCUGUCACGCCCGAGUAUGUUACAUACGUGAUCGAGAGAGAAAAACCAGACGGCAUCCUCCUUACAUUUGGUGGCCAGACUGGUCUGAAUCUGGGCGUGCAAAUGAACAGGAUGGGCAUAUUCGAGCGAUAUGGAGUCAAGGUGCUGGGUACUAGCAUCAGAACGCUCGAGGUCAGUGAAGAUCGAGACCUGUUUGCCAAAGCCUUGAACGAGAUCAACAUCCCCAUCGCACAAUCGAUCGCUGUCAGCACCGUGGACGAGGCUCUCCAAGCUGCCGAGACAGUGGGCUACCCCAUAAUCGUCCGUUCUGCGUAUGCUCUGGGAGGUCUGGGUUCUGGAUUUGCUGCCAACCGAGAGGAAUUGAACAACCUGUGUUCCCGAUCACUGGCAUUGUCUCCCCAGAUCUUGGUCGAGAAAUCUCUCAAAGGUUGGAAGGAAGUCGAAUAUGAGGUCGUUCGUGAUGCUGAGGACAACUGCAUCACAGUCUGCAACAUGGAGAACUUCGACCCACUGGGUAUCCACACUGGAGACAGUAUUGUCGUGGCUCCCAGUCAGACUUUGAGUGACGAGGAGUACCAUAUGCUUCGAACUGCGGCUAUCAAAAUUGUCCGACAUCUCGGCGUCGUGGGCGAAUGCAACGUUCAAUACGCCCUGCAGCCGGAUGGACUCGAUUACCGUGUCAUUGAGGUCAACGCUCGUCUUUCGCGGUCGUCAGCUCUGGCAUCCAAAGCCACUGGCUAUCCGCUCGCUUACACCGCGGCAAAGAUCGGCUUGGGACAUACCCUCCCAGAGCUGCCGAACGCUGUGACGAAGACAACUACGGCUAACUUCGAGCCCAGUUUGGAUUAUAUAGUGGUCAAAAUUCCUCGUUGGGACUUGUCAAAAUUCCAGCAUGUCAAGCGUGACAUCGGCAGUGCCAUGAAGUCGGUCGGUGAAGUUAUGGCUAUUGGACGUACUUUCGAGGAGUCAUUCCAGAAGGCCAUCCGACAAGUGGACCCGAGAUAUGUGGGUUUCCAAGGUGACAGUUUUGAAGACCUUGACGAUACCCUCCGCAACCCUACCGACCGAAGGUGGCUGGCUGUUGGGCAGGCUAUGAUCCAUGAGAACUAUUCUGUCGAGAAGAUCCACGACUUGACCAAGAUUGACAAGUGGUUCCUACACAAGCUGCAGAAUCUCAAAGACACCAUGACGGAAAUCCAGGCAAUUGGAUCGCUCUCUGACAUCAAGCACGAGCUUAUGCUCAAGGCUAAGAAGCAGGGUUUCUCCGACAAGCAGAUCGCCAUGUAUACCAAGUCCACCGAGGGUGAGGUACGGGCCCGCCGGCAAGGCUUCGGGAUCAGACCGUGGGUCAAGAAAAUCGAUACACUUGCGGCUGAAUUCCCUGCCGACACGAAUUAUCUAUACACCACCUACAACGCUUCAUCUCAUGAUGUCACCUUUGAUGACCAUGGCACUAUUAUCCUUGGAUCAGGCGUGUACAGGAUCGGUUCGUCAGUCGAAUUCGAUUGGUGUGCCGUCAACGCCACCUUGUCGCUCCGGAACAUGGGUAACAAGACCGUCAUGAUCAAUUACAACCCGGAAACUUACAGCACCGAUUUCGACACUGCCGAUAAGCUCUACUUCGAGGAACUGUCCUACGAGCGUGUCAUGGAUAUCUACGAGAUGGAGGGUGCUACAGGUGUCGUGGUCAGUGUUGGUGGUCAGCUGCCACAAAACAUUGCACUUCGAUUGCAAGAAGAAGGCCACGCAACGGUCCUCGGUACUGACCCAAGGGACAUCGACAAGGCUGAAGACCGUCACAAAUUCUCGCAGAUCCUCGACUCGAUAGGAGUAGAUCAGCCGGCGUGGAAAGAGCUCACAUCGGUAGAGGAGGCCGAGGCUUUUGCUGACUCUGUCGGGUAUCCUGUCCUGGUUCGACCUUCCUAUGUCCUUUCUGGUGCUGCUAUGUCGGUCAUCCACAGUCAACCAGAACUGAAGGACAAGUUGGAGUCGGCUUCUGCUGUCUCACCUGAUCACCCCGUUGUCAUUACCAAGUUCAUCGAAGGCGCACAAGAAAUCGAUGUCGAUGGUGUGGCGUCCAAAGGAGAACUUAUUCUGCAUGCGGUCUCGGAGCAUGUUGAGAAUGCUGGGGUCCACUCUGGCGAUGCCACGUUGGUCCUCCCUCCUGUCAACCUCGAUGCAAGCAUUAUGAGCCGAGUCAAGCAGAUCGCUGAGAAGGUCGCCAAAGCCUGGAACAUUACGGGUCCUUUCAACAUGCAGAUCAUCAAAGCUGACGUUCCUGGUGAAGAGCCUGCUCUGAAAGUCAUUGAGUGCAACCUUCGGGCAUCUCGAUCUUUCCCCUUCGUCAGCAAGGUGCUUGGCACCAAUUUCAUUGAUGCUGCGACUAAGGCCUUGGUGGGUAAAGAUGUGCCGGAGCCUCACGAUCUCAUGGCGCAAAAGCGUGAUUACCUCGCCACAAAGGUCCCGCAGUUCUCUUGGACCAGGUUAGCUGGAGCUGAUCCGUUCUUGGGCGUUGAGAUGAGCAGCACAGGAGAGAUUGCAUGCUUUGGCAAAGACCUCGUCGAGGCGUACUGGGCAUCGCUACAAUCAACGAUGAACUUCCGCAUGCCGGAACCAGGUGAAGGAAUUCUUCUCGGUGGAUCGACCGAACUGCCCGAGUUGCCCAAGGUUGUCGAAUACCUCGAGCCGCUGGGUUACAAGUUCUAUGCUGCAAGCAACGAGGUGAAGAGCCAUCUGGAGAGGUCCGGAACGUCCAUCGAAGUGAUCGAGUUUCCCAAAACGGACAAGAAUGAACUACGAAAAGUGUUCCAGAAGUACAAUAUCCGGGGUGUUUUCAACCUUGCUAAGAGCCGGGGCAAGACGUUGGUAGAUGAAGAUUACGUGAUGAGAAGGAAUGCCGUGGAUUUCGGUGUGCCCUUAUUCAUGGAGCCAAAGACUGCGUUGCUGUUUGCUCAGUGCAUGAAUGCCAAGCUGCCUCGAAAGGAAGGCAUUCCACCUGAGGUCAAGAGCUGGAGCGAGUUUGCUGGGCAUAAGAUGAUGUAAAUGGAAGGUCAUAGACGGUGAGGAUGGUAGAGCUAGAAGGAUUUGAUUUUGCGGGCGUCAUACAGCGUUUGCGCGGUCAAAGGCAAGGUGUUCAGAGAGCCACAAUCCAAAAGUUCUACAGGAGGCAGAUGUGUCGACAGCGAAGGCAUCUCAGAGACUGGAGUCAGGGCCGGGCUUGGAGUCGACGACCUCCCUUAUGUAACUUGGAUGAAGAAAGACAGGGAAUGGUUCUUUGUGAUAGACCUUGAGAAUUUAGAGUCUUAAUGUCUGCAACUACUUGUCC